AUGUCUAAGUUAAACUCAUUUAAAGACUUACCCUUACCUGACUUGAGGUUCGAACAAUCCUUCGUGGCCUCCCUUCAUAAAUACGCCGAUACUCAACCUAAGUUGGACCAGAUGUCGGUAGAGCAAUUGGAUCAACUUAAUGUGGAGUUGGACCGUCGAGAACAAGAAGAAUUGAUCAAUCCUUUACCCAUAACCCCCAGUAUAGUCACAUAUGCCGUGAUCAAAGAUCAAAUACUUAUGCCUUUAAUCCAGGGCUUCUUAUAUACUGGAGCCCUUAUAUUAGUAAGACCAAUUCUUCGAAUGAUAGUGCUUAACGGCCAGAAUUUUGGCCACAGUUUAGCCAGUUUUAUAGGGAUAAAUCAAAUUUUAAGACGUUAA